AUGGGCAAGACAAAGACCACCAAGGACAGCAAGAAGUCUGUCGACGCUCUCACCACCGUCAAGGCUGGUGGCGUCACCAAGCCUUCGCAGACUGUCAAGUCCAAGUCUAAGGACAUCGCCAAGGAGGUUUCCAAGAAGGUCUCCAAGAAGGACGAGAAGAAGUCCAAGAAGAAGGCCCCCGAGCCUGAGUCUUCGUCCGAGUCAGACUCUGACUCGGACGAGGAGGAGAGCGGCUCCGACUCUUCGGACUCUGAGUCUGAGGUUGAGGUCAAGAAGACUGAGAAGAAGCCUGCCACCAACGGCAAGGCCAAGACUACCAAAGCCGCCAAGGCUGAGUCUUCUGACUCUGAUUCUGACUCUGACUCUGACUCCGAGGCCUCUGACGACUCCGAGUCGGACUCUGACUCUGAAGAGGAGAAGAAGGAGACUGCCAAGGCCAACGGCAAGGCCAACGGCAAGGCUAAGGCCGCCAAGGCUGAGUCUUCCGACUCCGACUCUGAUUCUGAUGAGGAGAGCAGCGAGGAGGAGGAGAAGCCCGCCAAGGCCAAGGCUGCUGCCAAGGAGGAGACCAAGGACGAUUCGUCUGACUCUGACUCCGAUGACUCUAAGUCGGGCAGCGACUCGGACAGCGACUCUGAUGCUUCCGACUCUGAGGAGACCGAGACCAAGGUCGAGGCCGAGGCUCCCUCCAAGAAGCGCAAGGCUGACGAGGAGAUCGACGACAGCUCCAAGAAGACCAAGACGGACUCCGAGAAGCCCGUCGCCUCUACUCUGUUCGCUGGCAGCCUGAGCUGGAACGUUGAUGACGACGCCCUCUACGAGGCCUUCAAGAAGUUCGAGGGCCUGACUAGCGCCCGCGUCGUCAGCGACCGCAACAGCGGCCGCAGCAAAGGCUUCGGCUACGUUGACUUUGCCACCCCCGAGGCCGCCACCAAGGCUUUCGAGGCCAUGAACGGCGAGCUCCUCGACAACCGUGCCCUGAACCUCGACUAUGCUGCUCCCCGCCCCACCGACGCCAACCCCCAGGCUAGGGCCCAAGACCGCGCCCAGAAGCACGGCGACACCGUCAGCCCCGAGUCCGACACCCUCUUUGUCGGCAACCUGCCCUUCGACGUUGACCAGGAGACCGUCAGCGCCUUCUUCAGUGACGUCGCCGAGGUCGUCAGCGUGCGCCUGCCUACUGACCCCGACUCCGGUAACCUCAAGGGCUUCGGCUACGUCAGCUUCGGCUCCAUCGAGGAUGCCAAGUCUGCUUUCGAAGCCAAGAGCGGUGCUCCUAUCGGCAACGGUCGCUUCUCUCGCAAUGUCCGUCUGGACUUUGCCGGACAGCGUCCUCCCCAGAACGGCGGCGGCGGCUUCGGCGGCGGCCGCGGUGGUGGCCGUGGUGGAGGUCGUGGUGGCUUCGGUGGCCGCGGCGGUGGUGGUGGCUUCGGCGGCCGCGGUGGUGGUGGUGGUGGCGGCUUCGGUGGCCGUGGAGGUGGUCGCGGCGGAGGCCGCGGUGGCUUCGGCGGUGGCCGUGGUGGUGGCUCGGGCUUCUCGGGCACCAAGAUCUCUUUUGACUAA